UUUGGUAUCUCCAAAGAAAAUGAGUAAGACUUUUUUUUUCCUAUUUGAAAUUCAACUUCUCUCUGCCGUCCCUGCCCCACUAAUCAACGGCUCAGAUCUUACAAAGACUUUCUCUCUCCCAAACUCACAUACUAGUAAUCUUGAAUGCCCUUUAAUUCUUUCCAAAUUCCUCUUAUUUUCUUCUUCUAUUCCCUCUUAUUCACCAAACUGCUAAAAGAUCUAAACUUGAUUGAUUUUUCCAUCUGGGUAAGCAAGAAAAUCAUAAGGGUAUGUUUAGAUUGUGACAGAAAAGGUUUUUAGUAGAGUAAUAAAAGAGAAAUGCCAGUUUCAACAAGGUCUCAGAUCUUGAUCAAAGAAGAUGAAAAUGUAACAGAACAAACAGAGCAUACAAAAAUGGCUCAAACAUUAAGAAAUCCCCAUCAAGGUUUGAAAGAAAAGUUGAAGUCUUUAACCCUUUUAUAUGAACAACAAAAAUUAGCUUCAAUUGGGGUAAAAAAUCAUAAUUUCAAACCUCAAGAUGCUUUAGAUAGAAAUGGGUCUAUAAAAAUGGAGGAUUCAGACUCAUUUAAGAAUAAAUACCCUCAAAUUCCCCCAAUUCAUAGAAACAUUUCUAUGAAAAAAACUGAAAAAAGUCCAAUAAUGAAAGAAAAUUCAAUCCCAAAUGCAACAUUAACAAAAACCUAUAUUUUUCCCCAAUUUUCAAACCCACAAAUGGUGGAUUCAAAUAAGAAUGUAGGAUCAAAUGGGGAUCGAAUCGUCGGGUUUAGCUGUCCAAGAAAGGCUCCAAUUUCAGAUACAGUAGCAAGAAAGUUGUCAUUAGGAUCACAAUUAGAGGGAAAAGGGGGAAGAAAAUUAUCAAUUGGUCAAGAAAUGGAUGAUCUCCUGUUUGAGAAACAGAGUAACAGAAAUAACAGGAUUUUGGUGUUUGUUAGGCUUAGGCCUAUGAUGAAUAGAGAGAAUGAAAACGGGUGUAGAAGUUGUGUUCGUAUUGUUAAUCAUAGAGAUGUUUAUUUAACUGAAUUUGCUUCUGAAAAUGAUUAUUUGAGAUUGAAGAGAUUGAGAGGAAGACAUUUCACUUUUGAUGCUUCUUUUUCUGAGUCUGCUUCUCAGAUGGAUGUUUAUUCUACUACAACAGCGGAUCUUGUUGAAGCUGUGUUGCAAGGGAGGAAUGGAUCAGUAUUCUGUUACGGCGCAACCGGAGCUGGAAAAACAUACACAAUGCUAGGAACAGUUGAGAAUCCAGGGGUAAUGGUUUUAGCAAUCAAGGAUCUUUUUACAAAGAUUAGGCAGAGAAGUUUUGAUGGUAAUCAUGUUGUGCAUCUAUCAUAUUUAGAGGUUUACAAUGAGACUGUCAGAGAUUUGCUGUCCCCUGGAAGGCCUUUGGUUCUUAGAGAAGAUAAACAAGGGAUUGUGGCGGCUGGUUUAUCACAGUAUAGAGCUUAUUCUACUGAUGAGGUGAUGGCUUUACUUCUUCAAGGUAACAAGAAUAGGACUACCGAACCAACUCGAGCAAACGAAACAUCUUCUAGAUCCCAUGCUAUACUACAGGUUAUGAUUGAAUAUCGAACAAAAGAUGCUUCGAUGAAUGUAAAACAUCGAGUAGGAAAGCUUUCGUUGAUUGAUCUAGCUGGGUCGGAGAGAGCAUUAGCUACGGAUCAGAGAACUUUAAGAUCGGUGGAAGGAGCCAACAUAAACCGCUCGCUUCUUGCACUUAGUAGUUGCAUCAAUGCCCUUGUUGAAGGAAAGAAGCACAUACCUUACAGAAACUCCAAGCUCACACAACUCCUUAAGGAUUCUCUAGGUGGAGCUUGUAACACUGUUAUGAUUGCAAAUAUUAGCCCUAGCAACCUUUCGUUUGGCGAAACACAAAAUACCCUCCAUUGGGCUGAUCGAGCCAAGGAGAUUCGAAACAAGGUAUAUGAAACAAACGAAGAAGUAGUGCAAGGUUCAGAUUCUGAUGCUGAUCAAGCUAAGUUGUUGCUAGAAGUACAGAAGGAAAACCGAGAACUUCGAGUACAACUAGCAAAACAACAGCAGAAGAUGUUAACCCUUCAAGCACAGUCCUUAGCAGCAAAUCCCUCACCAAGUAACAUCCUCUCCCCACCUCCAUCAUCCAACAAGAAAAGAUCGAAAACCCCAUCACGAGCCACACCAGAUUUGAUCAAAAAGAAGGGAGCCGAAGAGGGUAUAAGGGAAUUGCAACUAGUAGUGAAAACAUUAGAGGGAGAGAUAGAAAGAGUAAAGAAAGAUUAUGCAUUGCAACUAAAGAAAAAGGAUGAAAAGAUUAGGGAGUUAACAGCAAAACUAUCCAAAGGGGUAAGAACAAGAGAUGAUGGGUUGAAAAGUAUAGUGACUAGAACAAGUUUAAGGCCUAAGGAAGGAAACAUAGAUGUGAAAACUCCUGGUCAUAGGUUCUUGUCUCCUGCACCAUCAGCGAAAAAACGGAGUUUUUGGGAUAUAACUACAGCUAAUAGUCCUUCAGUUACUACCUUGAAUGGAAGAAAAACAAGAAGUCAUGUUAAUGCUGAGCCUACAGGUCCGCCUUCCAUGCUCCUUCAGCUUGCACAUCCAUGUAUCUGGUCUGUGUUAAUCCUCGGACUACACAUCGCCAAUUAAAAAUAUUCAGCCAGGUUUUGCUCGACAAAGAAUUAGUCCCUUCAAGCAGUGACGGAGGAUCAAACGAGCGAGCAUGACAAAUCGACAUACAACAAACACAAGAUCUCCACCCAUCUCGAGCUCAGGUCAGGAUUACAUUCAGCUAGCAACGUGUUAGUUGGUGGGUCCAUUCUAUAACAUUAUACCAACCAAGAUCCAAAGAUCCAAAGAUCCAAGGAAAUUAUGAUUAUAUAAAGGAAACCAUUUGUUUUAAAGGGAUUUCCUAAAGAAAAACAUUCAUUUUUUCAUUCUAUUUUUUACUUGCUAUGGAAAAAUCACCCUGUUAGAUAUAGAUUAGUGGGUUUGUUCUUUGUGUUUACAGAAAAAGUCCAGUGCUGGGGACUGUCGGAUACAGAUUUUUGUGUGGAAUAAAGGAGUUGUUAAAAUCUGUCUCUAGGGAUCAUGUGAAGACAAUAUGUUAUUGGGUUUAUGCAUAUUUUUUCUUUUACAGAAAGAAAGUUAAAGACUAAUCAAGUGUCUGAUAAAGGAGAUAUCAUUUGGAUGCAUUUGAGUGGUGUUACUUUUUAUUUUAUUUUACUGUUAGUGUUGUAAUAUGUUUAUGACGAUGGUAGAGUUUUAAUUCCAAAAGAUUGAAAGAUUGGAGUCGUCCGUAUUGUAAUUUGUUAGUGUGCAUUUUUUUGUGUAGUAGUUAGUAGAGAUGAUUGUGUGUUAGAGUGUUUAGUCCUUUUAUGGCAGGAUUUACUCUUUUUAUGUCUUUUACUUGAGUGUUUGGUUUGAUUUGUCUAUUUAGACAAGGAAUUUAGAGUUUCUAUUUCAAUUUGUAAACUUUUUCUUUUUUAAAAUUAUCAGGUAGAUUAAGGGAAGA